UCCUAAGAGAGGACCCCCUCCAAACCUGCCACAAGUUCCCCCAGUUUGGAGAUGGAACAGUUGCUCAGCUCCGCCCUCCACGUGGGAAAACAGGAAGUCCCUCCCCUUGUGGGCGGUACAAGAAGUUCAGAGGGGAGGCCCCACCCGCCGGAUAUGACGUAAAGAGGCUAUCUCCGGAGGUGGAGCGAGCUAGGGGAGUGGCCUCGACCCUAGCUGCGACUAUGGAGGAGUCUGGCUACCGGGUGGUGUUCGAAAAGGGCGGCGUGUUCCUGCACACGAGCGCCAGGGGGCGGCACCAGGACCCGGGUUCUCUCAUCGCCGGCGUACUGCGCCUGCUCGAGAAGGACAAUGAUGUCAUCCUGCAUUGGGCCCCCCUAGAAGAGGCCGGAGACUCCUCCCACGUGGUGUUCUCCAGAAAGGCGGGUGCCCCGCCCCCGGAGCCUGGUGGGGGAGACCCCUGCCCUUCAGAGGAAGAGCCAACCUUUGACCCCGGCUACGAGCCCGAUUGGGCUGUGAUCAGCACUGUGCGCUCCCGGCCGCGGCCCCCCGAGCCUGCCCCGUCUGCAGGGUCAGGCAGCUCCCGGGGCCCCUGGGCCUUCUCCGUGAGCCUGGGGGAGCUGAAGUCGAUUCGGCGCUCCAAGCCAGGCCUGGGCUGGGCGUACCUGGUGCUGGUGACCCAGUCCGGAGGCUCCCUACCGGCUCUCCACUUCCACCGAGGGGGCACCCGGGCCCUGCUGAGGGUCCUCAGCCGAUACCUGCUGCUGGCCAGCUCCCCCCAGGACUCUCGGCUCUACCUCGUCUUCCCUCACGACUCCUCAGCCCUCUGCAACUCCUUCCAUCACCUCCAGCUCUUUGAUGAUGACAGUUCCAACUUGGUGUCUCGUUUCCUCCAGGACCCCUAUGCAGCCACCUUCGGUGGUUUCUCGCGGGUGACCAACUUUUUUCGAGGAGCCCUUCAGCCUCCCCAUGAUGGGCCUCCACCUGGCCGCCCAGAGGCCCCUGACGAUGAGGAGCCGGAGCCUGGCUUUGAAGUCAUCUCCUGUGUGGAGCUGGGGCCCCGGCCAGUGGUGUCCCGGGGGCAGCCUGUGACAGAGGACGUGUGGGCCAGACAUGUGGGUCCUGACGGGCAGCUUCAAGAUGUUGAGGGACUCAAGGCUCAGAUCUUCUCAGGGGGCCUGUGCCCGGCUUUGAGGAGAGAGGCCUGGAAGUUUCUGCUCGGAUAUCUCAGCUGGGAGGGCUCGGCCGAGGAGCACAAGGCCCACGUCCGCAGGAAAACGGACGAGUAUUUCCGCAUGAAGCUGCAGUGGAAGUCCGUGAGUCCUGAGCAAGAACGGAGGAACUCGCUGCUUCACGGUUACCGGAGCCUCAUCGAGCGGGACGUGAGCCGCACUGACCGCAGCAACAAGUUCUACGAGGGGCCGGGGAAUCCGGGCCUGGGGCUGCUCAACGACAUCCUCCUCACCUACUGCAUGUACCACUUCGACCUGGGUUACGUUCAGGGGAUGAGCGACCUGCUGUCCCCCAUCCUCUACGUCACUCAGAACGAGGUCGAUGCCUUCUGGUGUUUCUGCGGCUUCAUGGAGCUCGUGCACGGAAACUUUGAAGAGAGUCAGGAGACGAUGAAGCGCCAGCUUGGGCAGCUCCUGCUGCUCCUGCGGGUUCUGGACCCGCCACUCUGCGACUUCCUCGACUCCCAGGACUCGGGCUCUCUGUGCUUCUGUUUCCGCUGGCUGCUCAUCUGGUUCAAGCGCGAGUUCCCCUUCCCCGACGUCCUGCGGCUGUGGGAGGUGCUGUGGACCGGGCUCCCCGGCCCCAACAUGCAUCUGCUGGUGGCCUGCGCCAUCCUGGACAUGGAGAGAGACGCCCUCAUGCUGUCCGGCUUCGGCUCCAACGAGAUCCUCAAACACAUCAACGAGCUCACCAUGAAGCUCAGCGUGGAGGACGUCCUGACGCGCGCCCAGGCGCUCCACAUGCAGCUGACGGCCUGUCCGGUGAGACCCAGACCCCGAGCCCCCGGGCCGCGUCCCGCUUCCCGGACCCUCCCCUCACUCUGGCCUCUGCCUCUUCCCCCCAGGAGCUGCCCCACAACGUGCAGGAGAUCCUGGGCCUGGGUCCAGUUGCAGCUUCCGCCCCGGGCAGCCCCUCGCCCUCGGGUUCCCCCCUGCCCCUGUCCCCCAGCCCGGCCCCCGAAGUCCCGUCCCCUGUUUCGGGGGGUCAUUCGCCCACUCCCCAGCCUGACAGCAGCCUAGAAAUCCUGCCCGAGGGCUCGGGGCUAGAGUGAGCCCCAGGGUCCCGCCGCACCCACUCCCCGCUGCCCCGGCCCCGUCUCCCCCGCACACGCACUUUACCCCUCCCCGUGUCACCAAAGCUCGGACCCCUGCCCCGGGACGGGGGGCGCCCCUCUCUGCCCAUUAAACGGGUCACUUCGAUGCUC